AUGCCCAUCGGCUGCCAAGAGAACUCUUCAUGCAAAAGGCGAGGGAGGAGGCAGGUUGAUAUGGCCCCUAUGAGUGCCGAGGCUCCGCCCCUCCCGGUAAGCAAGCUGAUCCCGGAGGUCCUCUCGUUCUCGCAGGACAGAGCCGGGAUGUCUCUGGCCGCGCUCAAGAAGGCCCUGGCCGCCACUGGCUACGACGUGGAGAGAAACAACAACCGCAUCAAACUGGCCCUGAAGACCCUGGUGAGCAAGGGCACCCUCGUGCAGACCAAGGGCACCGGCGCCUGUGGCUCCUUCAGGCUCAACAAGAAGGUCUCUCCCGACAAGACGAUGAGCAAGGCCAAAAAACCCACGUCUGCCAAGCCAAAGAAACUGGGCGUGUCCCAGGACAGGAAGUCGCCCAGGAGCACCCAGGCCAACAAGGGUGUCAAGAAGCCGAAAACCACAGCGAAGAAGGCUGCCUCCGAGACAGGGAGGAAGGCCAAGGGCAUCCAACAGCGCAAGAGCCCCGCCAAGGUCAGGGCGGCAAAUCCCCAAACUGGGAGGCCCAAGUUGACCCUAGAGAAGACCAACCCGAAGAAGACCACGUCCAAGAAGUGA